UUUAUUGCGGAAACCACAAAUAGAGUAAACCGCUGGUGAGAAAUGUGAAUUGGAAUGUAUGAUUCAGUUGCGAUAGAAAAUAAGACGAAUGACCUGUCACUGUGUUGUCAACAUGUUUGUCUUGGGGAAAGAUCCGCAUUUAAAAAAACAACAACAUUGCCCUACUUUCACAGCAACGUGGGUGGGAGGAGGCUACAUCAACGGAACAGCGGAAGUGAUCUUUGACCCCAAGCAAGGGCUCAUCUGGUGCCAAGCCCCUUUCGGAUACUCCACUAGCCUUCUUCUCGGAGGACUUUUCUUCGCAAAGAAGAUGCGUUCUGAAGGGUACGUGACGAUGUUGGACCCGUUCCAGCAGCGGUACGGAGAGAAGAUGGGCGGGCUGCUCUUCAUCCCCGCCCUGCUGGCUGACGUCUGCUGGUGCGGUUCCAUUCUGGCUGCUCUCGGCACGACCUUGACUGUCAUCCUUGGGCUGGACGUUAACGUGUCCAUCAUCAUAUCAGCCGCCAUUGCCGUCUCCUACACGCUUUUCGGUGGACUGUUCUCUGUCAUCUACACUGACGUUAUCCAGCUCAUUUGCAUAUUCAUCGGACUGUGGAUUUCCAUCCCGUUUGCUCUGACCAACCCUCUGGUAACAGUGACCAAUGGUUGGAUAGGCGUCUGGGACAUCAAGAGAACCGGAUAUUGGAUCGACCAUGCCAUGCUGCUGGUGUUUGGCGGGAUUCCGUGGCAGGCCUACUUCCAACGAGUUCUCUCCUCCAAGUCUCCUGCGCGUGCGCAGUGGUUGUCCAUCACGGCUGGCAUUGGUUGCUUCAUCAUGUCCAUCCCCUCUGUACUGAUCGGUGCUAUUGGUGCUUCUACAGACUGGCCGGAGACUACAUACGGAAAAGACCCAGCCAUUGCAGGAGAAAAGAGGAUGAUCCUGCCGCUGGUGAUACAGUACCUGACUCCGACGUGGGUGGCGUUCUUCGGACUCGGUGCCGUGUCAGCUGCCGUCAUGUCGUCCACGGACUCGUCGGUCCUGGCCUCGAGCUCCAUGUUUGCCAAGAACGUCUACAAGCCUCUCUUCAGGCAAAAGGCUUCGGAGACAGAGACUGUGUGGGUGAUGCGUGCCGCCAUCUUUGUCGUGGCUGCCUUGGCGUCUGUUCUAGCCAUCACUGUCAAGUCUGUCUAUGGACUGUUCGUGCUGUGCUCGGAUCUGGUGUUUGUCGUCAUCUUCCCCCAGCUGGUGUCCGUGGUGUACCUGAAGUUCACCAACACGUACGGCUCGCUGUGUGGUUACGUCAUCGGGCUGGUGCUUCGGCUAGGGGGAGGAGAAGAUCUUCUGUACAUUCCAGCUUUCAUCAAGUACCCAUUUUAUGACGAGACCACCGGAAAGCAGCUCUUCCCCUUCCGGACCCUGGACAUGAUCUGCAGCUUCCUGACGAUCAUCCUCGUCUCCCACGUAACCAGGCUGCUCUUCGUCAAGAAGAAGAUUCCGAUGAAGUACGACAUUGCGGGAUGCUUCAGCGACACAGCGGAAGAAAUGCUCACACAUACCGAGGAACCAAACAUGGCUAACGGGGUUAUUAACGAACAUUUUGAGCCAGAGACGAUGUGGACUACAGCCCUGUAGUUACAGAGAUCGCCGCCUUCACAAAUGAUACAUAGAAUUUCACUAUGUAUACCGCUGUCAACUGUAGAAUUGAGGUCCCGUGUCUGGGGAGAGCCAUACCCCAGGCACGUUAAAGAGCCCCCACACGUGCGAUGGUGCGGUGUGUGAUGGUGCAAAAUCUUUCCGUUUAGAAUUGGUGAUUCUCUACAAAUCAACCGGAAUCCAGGAAGAAUAGUGACAUAUCAGUCCCUAAUGGAGAUCUGUAUAACCAAACAAACCAAACCAAACCAAAACAAACUGUGAUCUUGCAAUCGUGACUUCAUGACCAUUGUAAUUGUAUGCUUUAUUUCAAUACUCACUGAAAAUAUAGCUUUAUCAAAUCUAUGCAUUCGCAGCGGGUUUUUUUUCUGUAUCCAGCAUUGCUAUAGCAUGCAAC